ACGUCAACAUUUCUAGGUUAGCUUUAUAUAUAUUUAUUUUUCUGAUUUGUUUUGUAGUAGUUUUCUUGCAAAAAUUUGCUUUAAAAUACAAAAUGAACGCGCCACCCACCUUUGAAUCAUUUCUACUUUACGAGGGAGAGAAAAAAAUUAUUCGAGAACAAGAUACGAAAGUUCCCAACGCAGCUAUUUUCACUAUCAAUAAAGAAGAUCAUACUUUGGGAAAUAUGAUUAGAAACCAACUUUUAAAAGAUCCCAAUGUGCUUUUUGCUGGAUACAAACUCCCUCACCCUUUGGAACACAAGUUUGUCCUCAGGAUUCAAACCACUUCAGACUACUCACCUCAAGAUGCCUUGAUGCACGCUAUUACUGAUUUGAUUUCUGAAUUGUCCCUAUUUGAGGAAAGAUUUAAGGAAGCAAUAAAAGAAAAGAAGGAAGGACUUGAUUGAGUUGGCUCAAGAGAUUAUAUUAUGAUAAUUUUUAGAUUGUAACCUAAGUAAUAAAAAACUGUGUUAAGAAAA